AUGGCACAUCUCCAGUUGUGGGACACUGGGCUGAAGGCUGCAAGGGGCUGUCCCUGGCACAGACCGCAGAUUACUUUCAGCCAUUCCCACAUCCAGGCGUUACUCUGUGGGUAUUUAAAGCCGCGCUGGAACCGGAACAUGCUACCUCGGUUCACCCGUGCCACCGCCAAAGCCAGACAGCGGACAUCAGGAUCAGCCGCUAGCAGCACUCGAUUAGUCUGGUCUGAGGGAGCAAUGGCAGAGGCAGAGGAGGAUGGAGGAUCAGCCCCGGAGUUCCAAAGUCUACUACAGAUGGACCCCUACCUCAAACCCUACGAGAAGGACUUCAAGCGCAGGUAA